AUGUCCAAAUUUGCAACCAAAGUUUCGAGCGUGUCCUAUCUGCGGCCUCCGGUGCCGCCGGAGAAGAAGUGGUUCUACAAACAAGUGCUCGCCAGCCUCGAAACCGGAGGGCCACCGCAUUUCAAUUUGGCCAACUCAACGCUGGGUCGAGUGACGUCGAAGUUACUGAGCAGUUUGGUCAUCGUCCAGCAACGUGCACAGGAUGUUACCGUUGAAUAUCAGCUAAAAGAGAAAUUGAGUAAUGCACUGGUGAUGCUUGGGAGUGUGAUGUCCGCCGUGAAGAACUUCGUCACCCAACGGCAGUAUUAUCACAUUGAUCGACUUAUUGAUCGCGGUUUGCUGACGCUAGAGGACAAGCUAAGGGUAAUCCGCGAGCAGCAGCUUCCAUCCAUUGCCGAACGAAUUGAAGUUCGUUCGUUGAACAGCUGCGCCAAGGUGACGAUCAAACGAAAAUCAUCCGACGCGGAAAUUAGGGAAACGUUCCUAGUACGCCAACCCAAAUCAACCCCUUCGGAUGGAUAG